UACAGAAACUCGGAAACCUCACGUGACCAUCAAAACAAAUCAGUUUAUCGCAGCAUUCGCCAGCGCCUGGCGUGCAAAAUAUUCCUUCGGGCGUGCAUGCACCCACAAACAUAGAUGCUGUCAAAGUAAUGACAAUGGAGAGAAUGGAUAAACGCAUUCUAGGUGAUAUGGAAUCUUAUGAGGGGGUUCUCAAAUGAUAUCUCUGAGGAUGGGAAAACACUGUAGGUCGACGACCAGUUUUUAUACCCUCCAUGUCAUUAUUGUCAGUUCUGAUCGAUUUGGCAGAAUUGUUAUUGCUAUCAGAUGCAAUAAAUCUGGUAGAACCUGCAGGAGCGUCCCUGCAACUCGUCGAUGGAUUAUUAUGUUACUUGCAUCAUAACACGAGAGUUGAACUCAUUCCUGCCGAUAUUUUGAUUGGUGCUCGGUCAAUAUUUCAUACCAUUUUUCUCGUUUGGUACUCCCUUAUUGCAAUUCGCAUAUAUCAUUUGCAGGUCGUUGUAGGCAGAACGUGCUACCAGCCGGUUCUGCCAAAUUACUACUGCCCGGCAGAUGGUAGAAUCCGGCAGAAUGUCGAACUAUGGCAAAUUUACCUCAAACUCAGAACAUCGAUGAUGAUCUUGCAGUCCCGAAUCCAUAUCGCUUGAUGAGAUCAAGGGAACACUUGUCCACCAACUUCAAGCGCAGGACAUCGCUUUUCCAAGACCAGUCAAAAUUUCUUGUUCUAAAUCAGAAUGGGGCAUAUAAAGCUGGUUAUGCUGGAGUGCUUUUA